AUGGAUCAGGAGGAUCGUCAUGUCGGCAAAAGUACAAGGAGAGCCAUUCCGACAGACGCCUCGCAGCGUGUACACGAUUAAUUGAGGACAUUUUUGGCACUGGCGCCGCCUCUUCUGCCUCAAAUUUGGGUCAGAGUGUUAUUGACCGGAAGCUUCUCGCCGGAAAUGAGAAGUUUGAAAAGUUUUGCAAAAAUGAGAAGUUGAGGUGGUGUGGCUGGCCGGUGUAAAGAUGGAUCCGUGCCUAAUCCGCUCGAGAAUCGCGAUCGGGACGUAGGAAAGGAGGAUCGUCAGCAAGUUCUUUUCAUUGAGAAACUGACCGCUGCGGGGAGGAUUAUCCAAUGGCAUUGGGACCACGAGCCCGGAACCUCAAUGGAAUUGAGGUCGCGGUGGUCGAGAGUUUCUGAUAAUGACCAUGAUCUGGUGGGGGAAGUUUUCUCCGCUGUCAGCGGAAGUGACUGGAGCCCUUAAGUGUCCAAAAAUUGACCCAGACUAUCUAAGAUGUACCAAAUAAAGUUGUAUAGCUGAUUCACGGCUAAUUUGGGACUUUAAGGGGCGUGACCGGUAUGCGCUCUCCACGAUCCAGGAACUCUCUCGUGUAUUAUCGUGUCAGGACCCUUUUUUCGAUGGCUCGAGCUAGCCGUGAAGCAGCUUUUGAGAAUAAUUAAAACUUUCUAUUUUUCAGAAGCAAAAGCCUAAAAGCUCUUACAGAUUUUUGAAAAAAAUAUUCUACUUCUCAAAAUAUGCAGACUUUCAGGAUUAAUUCAGCACUUCUAAAAACACUAUACAGCUUUUUUUAAGAGGUAGUAACUUCAAUAAUAGAAUCACAGCUUCAAAUUAUCCAUUACUGAACUCUUCCAGCACAAAAUUUCAUAAAAAGUAUGUUUCCGGAAAGAAUAAAUCAUGGGAGCAUCACCAAGAGAAUGAGCUACAACUUCAAGAGUAGAAAAUCAAAAAUAAAACUGAAAAAAGGAGCAAGGAAAUGGAGGCUCAUCAGGAAGGAACAAAAGCUUGUAAACGACAGAUCCUGUCAAGAUCGUAGCCACGAAGAUGAGGAAGGAAGACCCUCUUUCGCUGUUCCUUUGGCAGAAGCGCGUACACACAAAUAGGAGGCGGAGCCAGGCCGGCGAGUGGACAGCGUCGGCCACGCCCCCGUUUCCUGCGCGGCUGUUGGCAUAUUACGUGAUUGUGGAUGCAGAACCAGCUUCGAGGCAAGAAUGA